CAACACACCGGCAGAUUCACUCAGCUUCCGCAUCGCUCUCCCUUCUCCUCCAUCUCUGUGCCUCUAUCCCUCCCUACUCUCUCUCUCGCUGCUGGACUUUAGCCCACUGCUGUGUGGACACCGCCAAAAUGUCCGACAAGCCUGACAUGACUGAGAUCGCUCGUUUUGACAAGACAAAGCUGAAGAAGACAGAGACAAAAGAAAAAAACCCUCUGCCCACCAAAGAGACCAUUGAGCAAGAGAGGAAAGGCGAUGCCACACCUUGACUUCUGAGCACAUGAAGAAAAGAAGCUGAGAUGCCACAGCAAAAAGCACUUUCUUUUGAUUAUCACAGUAUUUUAAUCUCUUACUUUGUCUUCAGAAAAGGGUGCUCUUGAGCUCCCUGGGGUGCCAUAAGGGUAUAUGGCGUCCUUACAUGGGGGCUCUCUUACCACUUGGGUGGAAAUACAUUAGCCUGGGUACCUGUCUUGCACUGUUAGCCUAUAGCUAACAUGUCUCCAAUAUUGCCAAACUGGGGAGUGGUGUAGUGAUGUAGCACAGAGAGAUAGGCAUCCAGGCUAGCGGGUGGGGGUGGUGGGACGGGUAGGUGUCCACAAACGUGGGAGCAAUCAGAGUCUAAUCAUGUGGGAUGUUUUCUUAACAAACUUUUUACUUUUCUUUAUGAAAUAAAUACAUAGACGUGGAACCAGUCAGUCCUGUGCAUAUUGCGGUCUCCUUUAUGUCUACAUGCAAAUUUCAGACUCUAAUACAAAUCCUCAUGAGGCAUGGACUGAUCAUGCACAGCCAAUAAAUACACAAUAAAAAUGA